UUAUUGGUUGCUGUCAGAUGACAAAUGGAUCCACUUUUUCUUGCAUUUAGUUACUUUAGAAGACGCAAAUAUCCAAAAUGCGUAGAUAUUUGCACGUCAAUGUUAGAAAAGAACCCUUAUGACCAGGCAGCAUGGGCUCUGAAAACAAGGGCAUUGACUGGUCAGGUGUAUAUUGAUGAGGUUGAUGUUGAUGAAGAAGGAAUCGCUGAGAUGGUAAUGGAUGAUAAUGCGAUUGCUAACGUAUCACGUCCAGGAACUUCAUUGAGAAAUGUGAAACCAGGAACAGGACAAGGUGCCCCAAGUCCAGGUGUUCGCCCACUUUCCCAGUCCGGUCGUCCGCUGAGUGGAUUUGUGCGACCUGGGACUCAGUCUGGACGACCUGGAACUAUGGAACAGGCGAUCAAGACUCCACGCACAGCUCACACAGCUCGACCUGUUACUAGUGCAUCGGGAAGAUUCGUCAGGCUAGGAACUGCAUCCAUGCUAUCCACACCUGAUGGUCCAUUUAUUAAUCUUGCACGUCUCAACUUUGCCAAAUAUGCAGCAAGACCAAAUCUGGCCAAGGCAUUAUUUGAAUACAUAUUUCACCAUGAAAAUGAUGUCAGAAAUGCUUUGGAGCUGGCAGCAUUGGCUACAGAAGCUUCCGGGUUCAGGGACUGGUGGUGGAAGGUUCAACUGGCUAAAUGUUAUUACCGUUUGGGUCUGUAUCGGGAGGCAGAGAAGCAGUUGAAAUCAGCAUUAAAACACCAGGACAUGAUCGACACAUACUUGUAUCUCAGCAAGGUGUACAUCCGACUGGACCAGCCAUUGACUGCGGUGGAGAUUUACAAACAAGGACUGGAGAAGUUCCCAGGGGAGACAAGUCUUUUGACUGGAAUUGCAAGAAUACAUGAGGGCUUAACAGAUAUGGAGAAUGCAACCAAAUUUUACAAAGAAGUUCUUCAUUUCGAUAACAUGCAUGUUGAAGCUAUAGCCUGCAUAGCCACAAAUCACUUUUACUCGGACCAGCCAGAAGUUGCUCUUAAGUUUUAUAGGCGUUUAUUACAAAUGGGUGUAUUUAAUGCUGAACUCUACAACAACCUAGGACUGUGCUGUUUUUAUGCCCAGCAGUAUGAUAUGAUAUUAACCUGUUUUGAAAGAGCUAUUUCACUGGCCGAUGAUCAAACACUGAGUGAUGUGUGGUUCAACAUUGGACAUGUUGCUUUGGGUAUUGGUGACACGAAUCUGUCGUAUCAGUGCUUUAGGAUGGCACUGGCUAGCAAUAAUGACAAUGCGGAGUCCUACAAUAAUCUCGGAGUUCUUGAGCUGAAGCGGGGUCACGUAGAACAGGCUCGAGCAUUCUUUCAAGCAGCAUUUGUGUUGUGUCCACACCUUUAUGAAGCACAUUACAACUUUGCAUCUUUAGCUGACCAGCUGGGUGAUCUCCAGAGCAGCUACAAUGCGGCCAAGCGAUCGGUGGAGGUGUACCCCGCCCAUACUGACAGCAAGGAGCUGCUGAAGCAACUCAAGCACCAUUUCACUCUGUUGUGAAUGAUUUACUACAACAACACACCGGCAAAAUUCAGCCUGCCAAUUAAUAGUUUUGUUCAGUCCAGACUUAAUGCUAGUAGAGUGCAAUUUCAUAGCUUUUUAACCUGUGUCUGACAGUUGGCCAUUGUGUGUCCAUCAACACUUGGUACACUCAGGAUCAGAUAAAUUGCAGAGUGUACUUUUGUGUUGGUGAAAAUAUGUCAGUGUGAUGAAAACUUCAAAAAACUUUUUUACCUUUUAAUAUACAAAUAGCCAUUUUUCACAUGUAGGGUCUAUGGCCUGGCCAAGUGCUUAAUUUGCGAGACCAUCAAGUUAACUGAUGGUUAUUCUUCAAGGUUGAGAUAAAGAACCCACCUGAAGGUCAUCAAGUUACACGAUACAUCCAAUUUGGUGUUUUCACAUUCCAACUAGUUCUUGACCAUAGAUCAUGGGGUAAAAUCUCUGCCUGUUCCAUCUUUAAGCUAUAUUUUACCAUUCAUCCAUCUUUACUGAUGGAAAGAAACAAGGGAACAGAUACAUUUAUAUAGUAACAGCAAAUAAGUAAAGUUUGUUUUGCUUAACGACACCACUGGAGCACAUGGAUUAAUUAAUCAUCAGCUAUUGAAUGUCAAACAUUUGGAAAUUUUGACUCGUUGUCGUCAAAGGAAACCCACUACAUCUUUCCAAUAGCAACAAGGGAUUUUUUAUAUGCACUUUCCCACAGACAGAAAAGCACAUACCACGACCGUUGACCAGUUGUGCACUGUUCAAUCCUGCAACGCAAACACCUUAGCCAAGCGCUCAACUGAUUGAGCUAAUUCCUGACCCCCCCCCCACCCCACCCUGUAACAGCAAAUGUUGACUGUAACCAAAACCCUCAUUACAUUACAUCUCUGUAUUCUGUACAGGUAAUAAUUUGGUGUCUGAUUCCAUAUAUUUUCUUACAGUAUUUCUUUUCAUCAGUAUAUCUAGAAUACUUGUAAGUGCCAAGAACACCCCUAUUAAUAUUAGUUAUAAAUAUUAAAUUUUUAUCAAAUAUUUGAAUUCAUAAAGUACAUGUGACUGUGGGUUUGAAUCCCAGCCUAUAUUGUGUAAAACUAAUAAAAUGGAAAUCUUUCUGACUGUUAAAGGGACAUAUCCUAGUUUCAACACGUGAAAAUUAACACUAAAUAUAAUUAAUCUACAAACCUGUAACACAUUUUGAUAAAGUUACA